CCCCGCGUGUGGCUGUGUGGGGGGGUGCAUGCGUGGGGUGCAGAUGCGGCUGCGCUCCUGCCUGACCAGCUCCAAGUACAACUACUUUUCGGGUGUGGCGGCGGCGGUGCCGGCAGUGCUUGCAGAGCUGAGGGAGGAGGUGCUGGCCAGCUUCAGGCUCAACAGCAGGCUGCUGGGCCUGAUGCAGCGCCUGGCGGUGUGGACACACAGCUGCGAGAUCAGCGUGGCGGCGGCGGUGCAGGACGGGCUGCGCACAGGCGGCGGCGGCGCGGGCGAGGAGGCGGCGGAGGGCGGGGUGCUGGGCGGCGCGUCAGUACUCAGGGGCAUGGGGCUAGGGCUGAGCGGGCCGGAGGGGGCGGGAGGGGCAGGAGGCGGGGCAGGAGGUGGGGGAGGUGGGGCGGGGGGAGGGAGGAGGGGUGGGGGUGGGAGUAGUGGGGGUGGGGCGCGGCCGGGGGCGGGCGGCAUCCGGACGUCGAUGUCGCUGGCGGACUGGGAGGACUGAAGAGGGAGGGGUUGUAUGCUAGAGCCAAACCAGUUUGUACCAAGAGGGCCCAAUGUGACACAUGUGGGCCGAGGAACUACAGUGUAUAGAGCGGAGGGUUUCCCCUCUCAAGGAUGUCAUGACGCGUGAUUUCGGCACGCAAGGGCAUCGGCGCGGACGUGUGGGCGUCAAUGAAUGGGGGGUGUCCAGGGGCGUGCCAAGCAAUGGUGUCAUGGCGCGGCAAGCAGUGCUGCUGGCGUGAACGUGACAACGUGCUAUGAAUUCUGAUUUGAGUGGGAUUGCGUGGGGGAGUGAGGGGCCAUGAGGCUCCCUCACCCGCAAUGGGGCGUGUGUAGCAUAUGGUGCUGGAGUUCAACCGGCGACAUGUAUGCGCACGUAUGGGAGGUGCGUGCGCGGCUGUGCGCGCACAUUCCGUGAUUCUGGAUUGUGUGUGGGUGCUGACGACAGGAUUACAAUGCUAACAGCCGCCACGGACGGAACUGCCUGCCGCCGCUGUGUCCGUGUGUCCGUGUGUCGUGCCGAACACCCGAACACCCGAAGCGGACGACUGUGCUGCUCGCGGUUGCUACUUGUGACUUGUGAGGCAGGGCUGCCCGCCCGCGCUAGCCAUGAGCACAUACAGCGGGUGGGAACUGAAGCACAGCAGCAGCGUUGUCAAUGCAGGACAGGAGGGGACAAGUAAGGGGACGGCGGCGUGCCCCUGCUGCCUGCGGUCGGAGUGUGCGGGGCUGACUGUGCACCCGCGUGCAGGCGGACGCACUGCCGCUUUGUAACAUGCUGGGGCC